AUGGUUUGGGAAUUGAUAGCCCCGAAACUAACUGAUGUCAAUUUUGAGAGAAGGAAAGGCUCUCCUUUCUCAGAUCAAACUGAUGCACUCACCAUUCCUUCUAAGUUCAAGAUGCCAACUUGGAAAAUUUACACGGGCAAGGAAGAUCCCAUGUCGCACAUGAACAACUUUGAAAUACAAACGGAUCUUCAAGGAGUGAGAGAUGAUGUGUGUUGCAGGAUCAUUUCUGCUACCCUUGAUGAUUCUGCACAAGAAUGGUUCUUUAAACUAGAGCAUGGAACCAUUAAUUCUUGGGAUGCAUUUGUGAGACUCUUCUACUCACAGUUCUUUACUGCUCGAAUUCUACUAGCCGAGCUCAAUGACCUCGUUGACAUUAAGCAAGUACCUAACGAACCCCUCAAAGAUUAUGUGCAGCAUUUUAUGCAAGAAGUUCCUCGAUCCAAGACAGUUAGCAAUGAUGGAAAGUUGUUGGCCAUCAUGGCUGGGAUCCAAGUCAAAGGUUUGCUUUGGACCGAUCUUAGAAGAAAUUUUUUUUACUCGACUAGAGAGUUCCUUGACCGAGCAGACAAGUUUAUAAAACUAGAAAGGGCUAUACAGAAGGCUGAUCAAGCAAACCAAGCUAGAAUCAGUACUGCACCAGCAAAAAACACUGAUGCAACUAACCACAAGCAAACAAUAAAUGGUAAUGGUAACAAGAAAAACCAAAACGGUGGAAACGAAAUAAAAAUUCUAGUAGUGGCAAUAAAAAUGACAAUAAAUGGGCAAACACCAAUGAUAGGCUAUGAGAAUACAUUCCUUGUUUUACCACCUACUCUAUGCUCUUAG